AUGAACGAAGGACCCACAACUCCCAUCGACAUCGUGGAUUUCUCUCUGCAAGAAACCCAAUCAGGAAAUAUCGACAUCACAAGCCCAGACACACCCAAACACGACUUCGAGACCUCAUCCCUCUUCAAAAAUGUCUACGCUUUCGUGGAAGACUACAUGUCCCGCUACGACUGUUCCCAUGAUUUCAACCACAUCCUCCGCGUAUUGAACCUGGCAAAACACAUCCUCUCUGAAGAACUCAAACUCUAUCCUGCGAAGAAAUUCCACAAGCAAGCCAUAUUGCUUGCGGCGCUACUUCACGACGUCGGGGACAAGAAAUACAUCAUCCCGGGCGAGAACGCCGAGCAAAUGGUCUCGGAUCUAUUGAGUAAAAAUGGCUGUCCGCCGCGAUUUGUGGCCAAAGUGGCGUUGAUUGUGGAGAAUGUGAGUUAUACAAAUGAGACAAAACGGCCGCAAUUCGUCAAGGCUAUUAUUGGAGCGCAUCCGGAGUUGGCUGUUGUGCAGGACGCGGAUCGAUUGGAUGCUAUUGGCGCUGUGGGGAUUGGCAGGGUAUUUGCUUUUGGGGCCGUCAAAGACAAGGGAAGGGGAUUGACGGGAAGUAUUGAGCAUUUUGAGGAGAAGUUGGAGAAGAUUGAGGGGAUGAUGAAGACUGAAACGGGGAGGUUGCUGGCAAGGGAACGAACGAAGAGGUUAAGAGAGUUCAGGGGCUGGUGGGAAGAGGAGACGAAUUUAGCUGCGCCGCUAGUAUGA